UGGGCCUUUAACGAAAAAUACCCAGUCCACAAAAUAUAAGGGUUUUGCCAUUACCGUAACUCAGAGAAACAGAAGCUAAAACCUACCAGAGAGAACCGGCGGCGAAACAAGCAGCCAUGGUGCAUGUUUCGUUUUACCGGAAUUAUGGGAAAACCUUCAAGAAGCCACGUCGUCCAUACGAGAAGGAGCGAUUGGAUGCUGAGUUGAAGCUCGUCGGAGAGUACGGACUUCGCUGCAAGAGGGAGCUCUGGAGGGUUCAAUAUGCUCUCAGCCGUAUCCGUAACAAUGCAAGGAAUCUGUUGACACUGGAUGAGAAGAAUCCUCGCCGGAUCUUUGAGGGAGAGGCACUUUUGAGGAGAAUGUUUAGAUAUGGUCUUCUUGAUGAAACUCAGAACAAGCUCGAUUAUGUCUUGGCUCUAACUGUUGAGAACUUUCUUGAGCGUCGCCUUCAGACACUUGUCUUCAAAUCUGGCAUGGCUAAGUCUAUUCAUCAUGCUAGGGUUCUUAUCAGGCAAAGGCACAUCAGGGUUGGGAGACAGGUGGUGAACAUUCCAUCAUUCAUGGUGAGGGUUGAUUCCCAGAAGCACAUUGACUUUUCACUCACAAGUCCUCUUGGUGGUGGUCGUCCUGGUCGCGUGAAGCGAAAGAAUCUCAAGGCAGCAGCUAAGAAGGCAUCUGGCGGUGAUGGAGAUGAGGAGGAUGAAGAUUAAAUAAUUUAUGUCUGAUGUUUUGAUUAUGGCACCUACCUUAUUUAUGUUGUAGACUUUUUAGAUAUUUUAUCAUGCAUGAAUUUUACAAUUUUGCUA